AUUUUGCGCGCCCUAGCAAUGGUGUACCGAGGCAACUUUUAACACCAUUGGAAUCAAUUAGGCACUUCGAACACAAUGGUUUUGGCAGAUUUGGGCCGCAGAAUUACGUCUGCGCUUCGUAAUCUCAGCAGCGCAACAGUGAUUAAUGAAGAAGUACUGGCACAGAUGCUAAAAGAAAUAUGUGCAGCUCUUUUGGAGGCAGAUGUCAAUGUAAAGCUGGUGAAACGACUGAGAGAAAACAUCAAGUCAGUCAUCGACUUUGAAGAGAUGGCAGCUGGUCUGAACAAACGCCGUAUCAUUCAAUCGGCAGUCUUCAAUGAAUUAUGCAAAGCAAGUAUUUUAAUACUAUAA